UGGUCCAGGGUCUGCAGUGACAGACGGAGGUGAUGGAGUCUUUGACAGGCAUGAAGAGCUCUCAGUCCAGUUGUUGACUCUCAGUCUGAAGGUCACUGUAGCCCCGCACCCAACCGAAUAUCGAGAACUGAGGACCUGAAGGAAGACGGGACAGCUCAGAACAUUCAUCCACCUCCACUGCUCCUGGACUGACCGGCUCACCUGUCAACACUGAGGAGCUUCUGACUGAUUACUGAUCAUCAGAUCACCUUUGACUUCUGAUCAGCUGGUGUGAUUGGCUGGGACGCAGAAGAAAAAUCAGCACAAAAGAGCACAGAGAGGCUGAUGGCGGGUCGGAUGGAGAGCUGGACGAUCCUGAGGCUCCUGAUCCUCUUCGUCGUCCUCAGCCUCACUGGACAAUUCAAGCUGAGAGAUGGCGAGUGGGCGGAGCUCCGGCCUGACGUGGCUGCACUGCACCGCCUCAGAGGACUGUCUGAGCACAUGUUUCAGGAACAACUCGACAACCCUUCAAAACAAAGGUUCACAUCCACCCAUGGGGCCAAAGUCCAGAGAUCCAUCAAAAGGAUGGACAUUGACCUAAACCCAAUGGGCUUGCAGGAUAAUUUGCAAGAGUGUGAGAAGAGUUUCACAGCUUGUGUAAUUAAGAUGGGGCAGGAGUUUGAGAACUUAUUGGCUGCUAUUGAAGAACAUAAGAUACGGGACUGGCUGCUAAGCGCUUCAGAGAUCUCUCACAGCUACAGCCAGAAACUUCUGGUCACGACUGAUAAAGAAAAGUCGACAAAUGACCGAGUCCAGCAGGAAUACAGCAUAGAUCCUCAUUACUCAGUAAUAAUCAGCAAAGAAUGCCUCCACAAUGCCUCAUGUGUACCAGAAACAGACAGCUACACUGUGGUGAAGAUAUUUGGAAGUGUUUCCGACGAUGGACAGACUUUGUCUGGCCUUUCCGGUUCGUCUCUUGCAGAGCUGAUGUUGAAACCGUCACUGGAAGCUGUACCAGUUUUCUCCCUUGAUGGAAACACGACCACAGUUUUCCAACACAACUUCAUGAGGAUCUUUAUGGUCCGUGGCGUCAAAGCUGUGUUAGAAACGAACCAGGAAAAUCAUCAGAUUUACCAGGUCAUGAAUCAACCCGACUCGGUUUCUGGCUACCGAAUUCCACAAAGACCAGUUGAUCAUAGCACCCAGUAUGACCACCAGCAGAUCCUCAUUAUGGAGGAUGACCCUAUUGUCAGAAAGGCUGCUGAAUAUCUUUAUGCAAAGCACCCAAAAGUCAGCUCUGUCUACGCUCUUGAUAAAAACCAAAAGCCUAAACUGAUUCACGGUGACUCCGUACCUCUCUCAGAGGACAGCAGGCUGGUGCUGGUAGGCCACGGCAAGAGAGACAACUCAGGACAGGUGAGACUGGCAGAUUACACCGCCACAGAAGUCACCAAAAUCGUGCAACAAACCUUCAGGGUUGGUAAUAAAAUCAAAACGACGAGUGUGGUGGCCUGCGAGGUCGGAUCAGAUAAAGCGUUUGUUGAAACCCUGCUGAAGGAGCUUCAUGAGACCGCCAACAUCGAGACAGAGGUGCAUCUCAGGGAUGCUGUGCUGCAGGUCAGGCACACAGGAGAGAAAAUCACCCAAGACAUCUCCACAGAUGGGCUGGCAGAAUGGCGACAUAAAGAUGACAGCAAGAAGGUGGUGGCAACCCUUGAUCGGAAUGGAAACGUGAUUGUUAGAAAUGAGCCUGGCAGCAAAGGAGAACCAGUUUUUACCAGUGAAAGAAACACACUAAUUAAUGAAUAUGUAGGAAAUCGAUUUAAGGCCUACAAAAGCAGCUGGCCAGACCAGCCACAGAGAUUCAUUCACCACAAAGCUUCUGCAAAGUUUGACCAAAAUGUUUGUGAUGAACUUGAAGCUCUGUCCUGGGGAUUCUUUCACGGAGACCUGCCCGAGCCAAAAAAAGUGAACUUUAACAAUUUGAGGCAAAUAGAGCAGCAUUUUGUAAUAGGGAAACACAUUAAUAAUGAUAAAAACAUAGAGUGGAUAACAGAUCACCAAGAACUAAAGAAUAUUCUUUCCAAGUGUUACGAGGUUAAUUCAGGAGAAGAUGUCAGAAAAGUCAUCCGUCACUACGCAAAGACUGGAGAGGAGAAGCCCACGUACCUGAUGGUCAAAGACUGGAUUUAUGUUGUUGACCCAAAGAAUCUGUAUGACUAUCCAGUUGGGAAAAGGCUUGACAACAAUCAAAGACAAAAUAAGAACACAAUAAAGGAAAUUAGGAACUGCAUUGAAAAACAGAUAGGCAAUGAAAAAUAUCCAGACAUGAGAGCACACAUUGUUGAUAAAAAUAUACCUAACUCAAAAGAGCGUUAUGUUCAAUAUGUUAAAGAUAUUUUUCUUGGAGAGCACACAACUCAUCUUCCGCUCUCCACUGAGGCCUGGUGCACCACAUAUUUCACUGCAUCAGUUAUAUCUGAAUCGGCCAGAAACUUCCGAACAUUUCCUCUGGUUCUUACGGCCCUGGAUAUGUUUGAAAGCCCAAAUAACAACAUCAAGGAGCAAGGACUGGAUUUUUUCUUUGACGAACACCCAAUGGCAAGAGGGUCCAGUUGGAUUGACCCAAGUAGGCGUGGAUUUAGUGGCUCAGCAACACCCAUCGGUUCUAGCAAAUUAGGAAAUACAGUAAAUCCUCCGACUGAGGGGCAAUUAAUGUCUCACCUUGAGAUGGUCUUAGAAAAUGAGGUCAAACAGUACAAAUCAUGGCUUAAAGUAGAUACAAAAAAUAGUCAGUCUGAAAUAAUGAAGCUUGCAGAAAAAUACCAAAUAAUUGAAAGUAAUACAGCUGAUCAACAAAACAUCAUCAACGAUUACAAAACUUUUAAAGAACAAAUAAGUGAACCCUCAGCCUCUGGCACAUUAGGAGGCUACAAUGAUGGUCGCACAACAUCCCAAGACCUAAUGUCUGCCUCAAAGCUGGAGAAUUCAUUCAAACUUGAAUCCCAUUUCUCCAGACUAAAAGCAUUAUUUGCAGAACAAAUUAACAGUCAGCUAAAGGCAAAAUAUGGUGAAAAUACGGCAGGUUGGCGCAUCCAGGAAGGCAGUGCCAGAAUGGAGGAUGGACAGGUCAUAUGUCACCUCGUGUCUGAUGCUGCUGAAGUUGAACCUGUUGAGUUCAGGGUUAAGUUAUCUGCAGAGAGUCAACGCUACAAUGAGAAGAUGCUGAAGACCAUUGACACGGCAGUUCAUGACUUGGAGGGUCAUGUUUCAGGGUCCUCCCAUCAAGUCAGCAAGUAUGUAGAGCACACUGGGACUGCUGUCGGGAUACUGGGCCUCAUGCUGGGGAUGAAGGGGGCUGCUCGUGCCCAUGAACAAGGUGACACCGAACAUGAAGUGGUGGGAGCUUUGCAAACUGCUCAUGGAGCAGUAGCUAUGGCAACAUCUGUUAUUGCAAAACAAGCUCUGUCCUCGGAGACACGGAUCGCCAGAGCUGCAGCAGUAGUGAUGAAAAGUCCUGUAAUGAAGGGUACCAUGGUAGUCUUACCAUUGGUGGGAAUUGGAUUUGGAAUAUACAAUGUUAUAGAAGACGUGAAGAGAGGUGACCCUCUGGGCUACAUUGAUGCUGGCAUAGAUGUCAGCAUGGUUGCUUUGGAUGUUAUUGAAAUUGCUCAGCCUGAAUUGGCACCGUUUAUAGCGCCUGUCACCAUGGCUCUAUCAGUUGUCCGGAUGGUUAUUGAUGAUGUCUACAUGAGCAUAGAGAAUGAACUAAAGAGCCUCCCGAAGGACGCUGGAGUUCUGGAGAAACUGGUGGCUGGUCUUCGUGGCUUUGGGAAAGGAAUUUUGCAUUUUGCAAUUCAUGUGGCAAGUAUUUUUUAUGAUUGGCGUUACGACGAAAUUGAAGAGGGACACAGGCUGGUUGCGCAGAUAUCAGACUAUAGCAAAUAUUACAGAGUUACUAAGCAAGAGGAUGGAACCAGUGCCAUCGAUUUUACUGCUGGUGACUCCUCCUGGAACGGAGGAGGCAUUCACUUCUGCCUCGCUGACCAGGGUCAGUCUGAACUCUGCAUGGACUACUUUGUAUCUAGUGAUGAGAGGAUGACGAAGAGGUGCUGGGACAUUGACACACAGGGAAGCCAGGAUAUUAUUCUUGGCCUGGGAGAGUCACGUCAGUUAGAGUACAGCACACUGCAGAAGAAAGUGCUCAUGUUCAUACCAGCCGGUUCUGUCACUGUGGUUUCAGGUUAUAUACCUAUAUCUUAUUCAAGAUAUGGGACUUACACGGGAAACAGAGACUCUAAUCGUUUUUUUGCAAUUCAGAAAGCAGAGGACCAACAUGUGAUUGAGGUCAUGUUAAGUUACUACUACAAGCUUUACGGUGAACCAGGUGAUGACGUAUUCUACCUCGGCCCACAGAGAAGUUAUGUUCAAGGCUCUGGUGGGAAAGACACUUACAUCAUUCCUAAAAAUGGGGGGAAAACAAUCAUUAACAACUACGAUCCUUCCAAAGCGCCAGACACUCUUCAUUUCAGUGCUGAUUACAGUCACAUUUCUGUGUCUAAAUCUGGAGAUGAUGUUGUGUUAAUGUAUGAAGGCAGUCAUAUGGUGGCCAUAGAAAGGUGGUUUCUGGGGGAAGUGUAUCGUCACAUGAGCAUGAUGUCAGGAGAUGGCGUCUUGUUUGAGAUUUCCUCCAGGGUGGCUUCUUCUGUUCAGCUGGUGGCCAGAGGAAUUAACAAGAUGUUCAAGACACAAGGAGAGACUGUGGACACGUCACAGCCACUUCUAAGUACUGUGGUAAACAUCUUUGGCUCUAGGAAUGAUGACGUGCUCAUCGGGAACGGAGAGAACAAUCUGAUAGAUGGAGGAGGAGGUCGAGAUCGUUUGAUCGGUGGUGAAGGAGAAGACAUAUACAUGGUGAAAGACAGGCAGCAGUCUUCAGUGCUGAUUGAAAAUUAUUCCAGAGACACUAAAACAGACCUGGUCAUAAUAGAAGCAAAUCUUCACACUUUUACAGUCAGAGUGCAACAUGAUAAUGUUGUUCUGAACGCUUUCCAUGGCAGUACUGCCCUCCAUGUGACUUUGUUGAGGUGGUUCAGAUCACCAGCAGACAGACACUUACAAGUGGUCACAAAAGAUCUCAUCACUUUCACAGUCUCAGACAACAAGGCCGACUGCCAGCAGAGAAACCCGUUCACCAAGUGCAUAAAAAGCCACCGCAUCGACUACAGCAGCUCCCGGUCUCCUCUGGUGGUAGACCUCCAGAAGGACGAGGCUUUUGACAGCGUGACGGAGGUCCGCGGCUCAGAGUUCGACGACAUCGUCAGAGGAAACAAAGAACACAAUGUUGUUGUACCAGGAAGAGGAAACGAUUUCAUUCAGGGCAGAGGAGGAGAGGACUGGUACGUCAUCACACCAGGACAAGGAGUGAAAACCAUCAACAACCAAUCGCCAGAUCAAGCCUUGGACGUUCUCUUCCUGAAAGAACAAUAUCAGCAUAUAACAUGUACUUGUGAAGGACAGAACAUCAACAUUUUGGUAUACGGCAGAAAAGAUGUUACUUUACAGAACUGGUUUGAAUCAAAAAAUCAUCAGCACCUGCAGGUCAAAACCAGCGAUGGAAUAACAGCUGGACUGAUGCCCAACAUCAGCAGCUGUGGCGAGUCUUUAAUGUUACCCUUAACUGUUGAUUACAGAAACCAGAAACCUGAAGCACUUGGGUGUUUCAGUUAUAGAUUCAAAGUUUCAGAAGAGGAAAGAGUCUUUUGCGACCAUCAAGGCAAAGAGAUGAUGAUGGAUAAGGCUGAUUCAGUGAAAGAAAUGUACGGCUCCUCGGGUUUCGACAUCAUGGUCGGAAACAAUAAUGAGAAUCUGCUUGAUCCUUACACCGGAGGGGCGCUGAUGUUUGGAGGUGAAGGAAAGGACACUUACGUAAUCAAACAUGGAUAUGGAAAGUACUUAAUGAUUGAUAACUUUGCAGAAGAUCAGAGUGUUGAUACCGUGUUGGUUGACAUGGAUUUCCUUGAUGGCAGCCAAGUCGCGCUCAGCUCAUCAACAGAAGAUCUGAAUGUGAUGAUCACAACAAAAGAGGAACAGCUUGAAUUGAGUUUGCUCAACUACAAUAAAGGUUACCAGCAUCAGCAUGUGGAAUUUCAGAGCUCUGACGGAGUGAAUUUUAAACUGAAGUCACAAAACUCAACUGGAGGUUUGCCUUUCGUUGACAUUGAAGCUUUCAAAGUGACUCUGAAACAAUCUCAGGUUGACUGCCGUUUGGACCUCAGCUCUCAGAACAAUCUGUCACACGUCCAUACAGUGCAAGGCUGUCCCCUUCAGUCCAAUGACAUACUGGGAAACGCUCAAGACAACGCUCUAAUUGGUGGGUGGAAGGAUGACAUCUUGGAGGGAGGUGAAGGAGACGACACACUGAUAGGAGGAAGUGGAGAUGACGCUCUCAUUGGUGACUUGGGAGACGACACUCUUUAUGGCGAAGAUGGAAAUGACACCAUGUUGGGAAACUCUGGCCAGGACGUCUUCAUCCCUGGACCAGGGGCUGAUCUGGUGGACGGAGGUCCUGGCAGAGACACUGUUCUGUACCGGGGAGACCAUGACACUGGUAAAGGGGUUUAUGUUAACCUUCUGACUGGACAAGGCCACUAUGCUGAUGCCGAGGGGGACGUGUUGAAGGACGUGGAGACGGUCAUUGGCACCAUCUAUCCUGAUAUCUUGGUGUCGGGCUAUGAAAGUUCUCUUCUCAAAGGCUCGGACGGCAGUGACAUCUUGGUGUCCACAGGUGAUGAUUACCUGGUCGGGGGUGAUGGAAAUGACAUUUACCUGUUGGCUUUUGACCACGGUUCAGUCACCAUUAACAACUGUGCGAAGGACAACGCCACAGACGUCUUGUACUUGAGCUCACGUUCAAAUCUGAAAUUUGACUAUCAGCUUUUAUCUGACGGAGUUCUUCUGACUUUCUUUGGAUUUGACCAAACAACUCUUAAAAUUGCACUGGAAGGCUGGAGCAGUGAUGAUAAUGAAUGUGGCCAUCUGAAGUUGGUUUCCAGAGGGGUGGAGGUGUCAGUGGACUGGCUGCUAAAAAAGUGUCGGAAGAAAGCUGCUAACUGAAGAAAGCAGUUUGGUUGUCGGCCAUAAGUUCUGCAUUGAUCUUGUCUUCUUCCACUGUUCAGUGCAGAUCACAGUCACGUUUCUGUGUCUGAAUCCCGAGAUAAAGUAGAGUUCAUGUGUGAGGGCAGUCGUACAGGACUAUGGCUUUGUCAUUAUAGAAACAUGUAGAAAUUAGUUUUAAUAGCAUGAUCACUAAAGAACAAACCAAAACAAAUGUUGGUUUGCGACAAUCUGCACUUUCUGUGACUGAAAGCUCAUGGCAGCUCAAAACAGUGACAUCAUGACAUUCACAAAGGGACACA